AUGGAUGCAAAGGUGUGGCUUGCUGCUUGGAUCCUGGCAUGUUGCGUGACAGGAUCCCCAGAGGGAUCCAGCAACUCAUCUACGGACCUGUCAAGGUUUUCCUCAGCAGCAGCACCAGCAACUCCGCAACCUUGCCCCGCGGGUUGCAAAUGUCUUCUUCAUCAGGGAGUCGUGGACUGCUCCAAGGCGGCUCUUACUUCGGGGAGAACAUUAGGGCCACUGCUGGGGACUGGCAUCAUUCUAGAUCUCAGCAAGAAUUUUCUAGUGGACUUUGAUUGUGAUGAAUUGACAAAUUCCGAUAUAGUUCAUUUGAUUCUUGAUGAGAAUAGAAUCAAUCACUUCUUCUGCCAGGAGAAAAUGCCGGUGCUGGUGAAAUUAAGUUUGAAAGGGAAUCGUCUGCAGCAUUUUGACGUGUCAGCAUUGAAUUAUUUUCCGAUGCUGAAAGUACUCGACCUUAGCGACAACAAAAUCCACUCCUUCACUGGGACCAUGUCGCCGAGUACUGUGAAUUACCUGAACGUUUCCGGAAAUCGGAUGGCUGACUUGAAACCGCACUUCUUUCACCACUUCGGCGAGCUGCGAACAUUGGACCUGUCCAACAACGGGAUUUACAGCCUCGUGAGCCCCUCGCUGUUUGCCAAGGGUCGGUCCUUGCAGCACUUGAACGUCUCGCACAAUAAGAUCAACAAGAUCCUUCCUGAGGUUUUCCGAGGGCUACGUUUGAACGGAACGCUGAAUCUUGGGCAUAAUUCCCUGCACCACGUUCCUUCGGCGGCGCUGAGAAGCGCAGAAUUUAUUGCGAAGCUUUUGCUGAGUGCAAAUGCUUUCACGCAUUUAGACAGCCGGGAUUUGGUGGGUGUGAGAGCAGAGGAAAUCGUCAUCAGUCAUCAACACAGGCUGAAGACUGUGUCCAGUGAAGCAUUUGCCAAUUCCGGGGAACUUCGCGUGUUGGUGCUCAACCACAAUCCGCACCUCGUUUUCAUCCAUCCGGAAUUCGCGAGGAAUUUGACGAUGCUGCGAGAGCUGCGGCUGGAUUCCAAUGGCCUGGUGGCCCUGGAGGAAAUCUCCCGCGGGAAAUUUCCGAACCUCCGUACCCUGGAUGUGACCCGAAAUCCGUUUUCCUGCUCCUGCUACAACCGAUGGCUUUAUACGAGCUUCGACCCACUACUCAAUACUUCCGUCACUGACUGCCAACAUGCGAAUGCUUCCACGUCCCUAUUUGAUUCAUCGGCGGAAUCAAUGAAUUUAUCUGUGGCCGAAGACGCCAUGGAAUGUGGUGCUGAGCUGUACCCGAUGUUCCCUGCCCACAAGCACGCUUUCAUCAGCGAACACGCCAGCUUUCAAUGUUCCGGGUUCGGGAACCCGGAGCCCGAGGUUUCGUGGUCUCGUCGGGGAUCCGAUCCAGUGUCAAAAAACUGCUCCUCAACGUCGACAGUGUGUCAACGGAGUGACGGAAAGCUAGUGAUGAAAUUUCUGCGCGUUGAUGACACCGGGGAGUAUUUUUGCGUGGCACGGAAUCCGCGAGGAGCUGCCACGCGAACCCUGAGCCUCACUGUCGAUGACGUGCCAGUGUCGCUGUCGGCGACGACGAUCGCUGCGAGGUUCGUCACAUUGGCCUGGAAUGGGUCCAGUGUGUUGGCGACAACUUUGCUGCUGGAACAUGCUGACCUCAGCCACAGGCUAAUUCUCAGCCACAGACUCGAAGUCGCUCCGCACCUCAAAACACAUUCCUUCACUGUUCAGUUUCUGAAGCCUGGGCAGACAUACGACUUCCGACUCAGUGUGGUGUCUGAGUCCGCUUCAAUCCCCUUGGCAACACUGCGAGUGCGGACCCGAGAAGAGGGUUACACUAGGCUUCUGGGUGUUCGCAGUGACUACCUAAGUGUGCUGGUCAUCUGCGUCGUGGCCAGUGUGGCAAGUUGCACUUGCAUCCUCACUUGCCUCAUCAGAAGUGGGAAGUUUGCUUUCCGUCGUCUGUAUUUCCGAGUCACAGGCAAGAGUUGGGACUCGGCCUCGCAACGACGUCUGCUCAACUCGACAUCCACAACUUCUGACGUGGCUUUCAUCAGCAUCUCUUACAACCUGCCUGACACGUGCUUUCUCAUCAGCAAUGAAGAUAUGGACGAUGAAGACUUUCCGAGAAUGUAGCAAGAAGCUCCAGCAAAUACCCCCAUUCGAAAGGGGUCUUGCAUCACACUUGAAGAAAGUGACUGGCGACCGGAAGUCGUACAUAAAACUGGAGGUAUAUACCUGAGAAAGCUGAAGAUUAUCCCAUGUAAACGCAGCUCCAGGAAAGAAGCAGAAGAAAACAAUGCACCUCGUUAUAUCCUCCCAACAAGAAGCAUGGGGCCAGGCAUAAACAUUUUUGUCUUCUUAUGCCUCGAAGACACAUUUUGUAAUGCGAGUAGGACUUUUAAAUUCAACGAGAAACCAACAUUGACAACGACUGAAAAGUUUUAAGCAAAAACAGAGGAGAAGAUGCGAGUGAAAUUCCGGUGAAUCCAUGAUGUGAAUGCGGACGAAUGAAAGCAACUUUUCAUGGAACUUUGCGGCAUUCAGUUGAUUGAUUGUGAAAAAAUCGUGAGAUGACACUCGUGGAAAAAUUGGAGAAAAAAAGGGUGAAAUAAAAGAUGAGCUUUCGCUGAAAAUA